CAGGGCUACCGGCAGAGACAUUGAUUGAGCGUUAUGUAACUAUUGGUGCUAACAGUCUAUUGCGGUCAUGCACCAUCGAGCCAGAAUGCAUAAUUGGGCAGCAUUCCAUUCUCAUGGAAGGUUCAUUAGUAGAGACCAAUUCCAUACUUGAGGCUGGUUCGGUGCUUCCACCAGGCCGGAGGAUCCCCACCGGCGAAAUUUGGGCGGGUAACCCGGCAAGAUAUGUCCGUCAGCUGACCUAUGAUGAGAUCAAAGAGAUUCCAUUGCUAGCUAUGGCUAUUAACGAUCUUAUGCAAAGCCACUUCUCGGAGUUCCUUCCAUAUUCUACCGUAUAUCUGGAGGUGGAAAAAUUGAAAAAAUCAUUGGGGAUCCCAAUUUAAAAUCGGUUGAAAUCAACUUGGGACGUGAUUGAAGAAUAACAUGUCCCAGAUCUGUCUCCAGUUAUUUAGAGGCAAAUUCUGUAACUGAGACCUAAAUGUCUUGCAAAUUUGAUGGCGCUGCCAGUUUUCCUAUGUAUGUUUUUCAUUUAAUUUAAAUUCCUCUAUAUGAUUAGAACUCGAUUCUUAUAUCAAAAUCUUUCAUAUUACUUGAAUAA